CGUAAUAAGACGUCAUGGUCAGAAAGUAUAUAAACACACGUCGUAGACUCAGUCGUGGCAGUCGCACCUGAUUUUACGACUAAUACCUAGCACUUGGAGAAGAAAGAGACGCCUCAACAUGAAGACAACACUCGCCCUCAGCCUGUGCGCCGCCUUGGUCGUCGUCCAUGCGGCCGAAAAAUACACGACCAAAUUCGAUAAUAUCGAUGUUGACCAGAUAUUGAAGAACGACCGGCUCCUCACGCCCUACAUGAAUUGCAUACUUAAGGAUACGAAUUGCACGCCUGACGCCAGGGAGCUCAAGCGUGUACUUCCCGACGCACUGGCGACCAAUUGCUCGAAAUGCAGUGAAAAGCAGAAGGCUGGCGCCCAAAAAGUGAUUUCCUACCUGGCGAAGAACAAGCCCGAUGUCUGGAAUGAAGUUUUGGCUAAAUAUGACAAGAAUAACGUCUACAGGACCAAGUACGCCGAUGAAGCUAGGAAACUCGGAGUUCCCAUUUAAGGCACAGCUUGCCGAGAA